AUGGCGUCAAAACCACAAACCUGGACGCGCCUCUACUCACAACCUGCGGCUCCGCAGCCAGAGAAAGACUCGGCAAAGAAGCCAAUCCCUGAGCCGCGGCCUAGUUCUUCAAUUGUGCUCCUGUCUCCCACCAACGAAGUCUUGCUGCUGCAUCGAGUCAAGACCUCGACCUCGUUUGCGUCUGCGCAUGUCUUUCCAGGCGGCAACCUGGAUGCGUUCCAUGACGGCGACAUCCCGGCUCCCGGGACGCAGGACCGCCAUCGCGACGGUCCGGCAUACAGGCUGGGCGCUAUCCGAGAGUGCUUUGAGGAGACGGGUAUUUUGCUCGCCAAGAAGGAUGGCCGCUUGGUUGAUCUGCCUCAGCAGGAGAGGGACGAGGCGAGGAAGAAGAUCCACGGGAGCCAGAUUAGGUUUGCGGACUGGCUGCGGUCGAUUGGCGCAGAAGCUGACUUAGAUGCGCUUGUCCCCUUCACGAGGUGGCUGACGCCCGUUGGCGUUGGGAAGCGCUUCACCACUCAGAUGUACCUGUAUAUGCUCCCUAUUUCACGGUCUGGAGUACCGUCUGAGAUGCUGGUCCCAACUCCGGACGGCGGCGUCGAGCACACGGAAGCCAUAUUCGCCCCUCCGCAGACGUUCCUUUCGCGCGUGGCUUCUAAUGAAAUGAUUCUGUUCCCGCCUCAGUGCUACAUCCUCACCCUGCUCGCAAAGUUCCUCAAGGGCCCGACGGCAUCAGUCGAAGAAGGGCCCAUCUAUUAUACAAGGCAGCGCAAACAGCUCCUCAAAUUCUUAAAGACCACCCCGACGGUAGAUACGGAAAAGGCCAAAGACCACGUCACGUCGGGCAUACCGUGGGCCGAUAAGGUGAUUAGCCCAUAUCACCUGUUCGUUAGGAAGAGCGAUAAGAGAGUCGUUCUGGGCUUGGAGAAGCCAGGCCUCGAGCUCAAGGACUCGGAUAGGGGCGGUGAUUGGGAAAGAGUCGUCCUGGUGAGCUUUGGCAAGGCUGGGCCUUCUCAGGUAGAGGUGCGGCUGAGGGAAGAUGUGCUCGCGGAGGAGAAAGAGUCUGCCUCGGGAGGGUCAAAGCUAUGA